AUGUAUGCUUAUUAUGGUUUAAGUGCUUGUGGAAGUCAUAUUCAAAAAUAUCUUUGGUGGAAACGUUAUUUAACACAAGCUCAAAUAAUUCAAUUUAUUGCAGUUAUUAUUCAUUCAGUUAUUAAUAUAUUAGCACCAUGUAACUUUCCAAAAAUUUUUGAUCUUACAUUUCUACUCUAUGGCAUAACAAUACUUUUACUUUUUGCAAAUUUUUAUUUACAAAGUUAUAUAAAGAAAGGAAAACGUCGAAACGAAGUAAAAUCACAAUAA